AUGUUUUUUAAUACAAUUCAAGAUAUUCAAGACUAUUUAUAUGAAAAAAAUUGCAAUUACUGUGAUAAAUAUAUUUCUAAUAAUUUUUCAAUUUCAAAAAACAAUUUAAAUCAAAUUCAAACUUUUGAAUUUUUGCUUGAAAAGUUUUCAAAACAAGGGAAUAUCAUUGUGUUAAAUAAAAUUUUAAGAUUGGUUAGAAAAUUAAAUUUAAAUACAAUUGACCAAUCAUAUUUUUUAAUAAAAGCACAUCUUAAUUUACUUCUUAGUGUAUCUUCGGAAGAAGCAUUCCAAGAAUUGCUUCCAAAAUAUUUUUCAGAAACUACUUUUUUUUAUAAUUCUUUUAAAUCUUCACUUCCUAGGACACCAACUAUUUCUCAUUGGGAACUUAUACUUCAAUUUUAUAUUAAAGCAAAUACUAUAAAUUAUAACAGCUUUCCAUUUUCCCUUCUUAUUGAUUCAUUAUUGCAAAUUCAAGCGUCUGGAUUAAAGUUAUCUCUAGAAACAUAUUUCAUGAUUAUUAAUGCUUUAGUAGUUUCGCCAGAAUUCCGUCCACCUAAAUCAGAUUAUGCAGAGGAAAUACAUUAUAUGAAUACAACUAUUCGUAUUAAAAAAGUUUUAUAUAUAUUGCAGCUAUUAAAUAAUCAAAUAGAACUUAAUAUUAAUAAAGGAAAGCUAUUUGAAGCAUUAUAUUUAGCUUGUUGUCCUUCAAUAAUUCAAAUACUACAAUAUACAUUAAACCAAGCAUUAUCUUUAAAUCAAGAUUUCAGAAAUAUAAAUUUAAUUUUAGAUUCAAGAGCCUUUUUGAUAGAGGAUUUAAUGAUUUUGCAUAAAAUACCUUGUUCUUUUGAGUUUGAAAAACUUAAAUUUAUAAUAUUAGCAUCUUGUAAUCUUUGGGAUAUAUUUUGGAUACGGUUAAAAAAUCUUUCUAUAUCAAAAUCCCAAAGAGAUAAAAAUUUAUAUACUUCAAUUAAUGAAUUAAUUGCAAGUUCAAAAGAAAUAAAAGCAAAAGAUUUUUGA